UGACUUUUCAGUGAGUACUGUGUACUGUAUAAGUACUAUGUGUGUAAUAUGUGAGUAUCGUGUAAGCACUGCGUGAGUAUUGUGUGAGUAUUGUGUGAGUACUGUGUGAGUAUUGUGUGAGUUUUGUGUGAGUAUAGUUUGUGUUGUUUUGUCUGGCCAGAUGUUAAAAGAACAGAUGAUGUAAGGAGCUCAGUUUCCUGUUUGGUGUUUUGUGGGUGUUUAAAUGUUUCAGACGUAAGUAUGAGUAAGGUCAAAAGGAAGAAUCUGAGAUUCAGACUGAAGAGAGACGACAGAACGUCUGCUUUUUAAACGCUUUAAGAACUUCUGAAUUAAGCAACUCGUCUUUUUACAACCCUGAGAAAAACUCAUCAUCUCACAGAAAACUCCAAUACAGAGAACCAGCAGACCACGUCCAGACCACAUCCUCACAACGUCCUCACAGCGUCUACAGAACGUCUACAGAACGUCCUCACAGCGUCUACAGAACGUCUUUUCAGAACUUCUUCAGAACAUCUUAACUGCUACAGAGUCUCCACAUCACUCCACUGAGUUUCCUUCAGAAGAACAUCUGAACAGAGAUGGCGUCUCCUAGAAGGACGGAGGACGUCUACCAGACCCUCCACCAUCCUCCAGCAGUGAGGAACCUCCACAAAGAACCCGGAUCAGAGAGGAGCAGCAAGCUGAUGAUGAUGCUGAUGAUCUUUAACUCUCUGUUAUUGAUCGCUGUAUUGAUCCUGAUUGGACUCUUUUACAGGCCGGUAUUGGAGGAGAAUAAAGGGGCGUGGCUUCUUCAUGACAAUUCUUUCUAUUUACUCUGGGAGGCGAAAGGAGACUGUACUAAAGCAGCGAACUACUGUAGCGCCAAAGCAUCCAACAUCAGACUCGCUGUACUCACACCUAAACUAAGGGACUGGAUAAUUACUCAGGCUAAAGGAAGAAGGCUCUUGGUUGCAGAGGAUGAGAGUGUGAGUGGGUGUAAACUGGUUGGAGAUCAGGUGAGCUUGGAGACGCCGUUUAUCCCUGGAGAAGAACAAGGCUGGGUGUGUGAACACCUUCACCAGGUAGAGGCUUUACAGGGAAUACCUGGCCCACCUGGACCUUCUGGAAAAGCUGGAUCACCUGGACGAGAUGGGUCACCUGGAAUACCUGGACCACGUGGACCUUCUGGAAAAGCUGGAUCACCUGGACGAGAUGGGUCACCUGGACGAGAUGGGUCACCUGGACGAGAUGGAUCUCCUGGAUACCCUGGACCACCUGGACCAAUGGGGAUAGCUGGACCACCUGGACGUGAUGUAACAUGUGCACCUGUGUAUGGUUGA